UGUCCAAUCUAUGCAAUUAGUGCUAAUUCUAGCCAAUUAAACCUCAUUAUUGUGGGCGGUUUCUCCUGAUGAGAGCACAUUGGCAGAAUGUCACGCCACACAUGGCCAACAGAAAAUAGUUUUUCCAGAGCCAAGCAAGGCAUCCAUCGGCGCAGACGGCCCUCCCCCCAAUCAUCAAAAUGCGAUGUCGAAUCUAGGCGUCUGUAAGAAUUCUCGGGAUCACGUGGUAUUAUUUUCCGUGCCAUUUUGAAGUGAGUGUAACCCCACGUCCCCAAGACUCUCGCAAUCCCCUUCUACCAAUAAGAUGUCUGGCAAACGAAAGGCAAUUCCUCGGGCAGAAAUAGAGGGCAUGGCUGACCUACUGGCCAAAAACGCACGCCUCAACGACCCGCUUCCGACUGACACCGACUUUUCGACGGAGGAGUCGGAGGGGGUUCAAACCCAGGUAGUGCUAUAGGCCCACAAGUACGACGCUUGCGAUAACUAACGGAUGGGAGUUAGCUCAGUGCUCUUGCCAUCCUCCCGGACGCAGACCUGGCCCCCAUGUACUUCGCGUUCUCCGCAAAACACCUCGCCGUGCUCGUCAAGUCGCUUCACGCGCUGAACCGCGCGACGCAGCGCAAGGCGGUGUCGACCUACAUCCAGAUCCUCUCGCUGAUGCCCGACCCGAAGGUGAACGCGUACUUCCGCCGGCUCCUGUGCUCGCCGGGCGCAGCGGGGCUGCCGACGCUCGUCGCGUCGCACAUCGUGCAGGGCAUCGACUGGAUGCGCCCGUCCGGGCCCGGCCAUCUCUGCACGCUGCUCAUUCACCUGCUCUUCUGGUGCGACACGCGCAUGGGCGACGACGAGCGCGCGUCGAUCGACAAGACAACGCGCGAGCAGCUCGCGGCGAUGCUCCAGGACCUCAUCUCCCGGCCCGAUAUCGCUCGUCUCCCGGAGCUCCAGCGCGUCGAGCUGCAAAGGCUCGCGGGGAUUCUCAACUGCGUGGAGAACAUGCCCGGCAACUACUACCUGAAGUCGAAUAGGGACUAUCUGGAGGGACAGAUUCCCGGGCAGGAAGAGUGCGUUGUCUGCAUGGACGAGUCGGCCGAGAUGCUCUGCUCGCAGUGCAAGUCGGUGCGGUACUGCAGCAAGGAGUGUCAAAUGAAGGCUUGGAAGGCGGGGCACAAGCAAAAUUGCUGGAAGAUGGUGGAUGAGAGUGGAAACGACUUUUCGUCGGCGUAGCUGCUGAGAUGUGAGUCUUCUUGUAGUGCGGAAGCGCGAUACAUGACCAAUACCAUGAGUUCCACACAAGGCUUCUGAUUUGAUGAAGACUGACGUGAUUUUACGUGAUUAUUGUGCGACAUUUCUAUUGUCACAAGCCUCAGUCUCUCGGGGCCUC